UUACAAGUUUGGCCCCGCUGCAUUUCUAUCCACUCGCCGCUUCUAUAGUUAACUCAGAGCGCAGAGAAAACCCCUCUAAACCCCUUCUAUAGUUAUCGCCGCCGUGCUCCGCCGCGUUCCCGCCCUAAUGAGCGGCACUUCGAGGUUCAUUACACUUCUCACUGCCACUUCUUCACCCAUCUGCAAACUUCACCGUCCUUGCUGCUUCCUACAUCGGCCGUCUGUUAUUUUCGCCCGCCGUCUCGCCACCGCUCCUCGCCGCCUCGCCUUAUAUUCGCCUCCCCACUUCUCGUCCCCUCUUACACCAAUCACUACCUCCCAACAACAAUUCCACUCCCAGGCCCUUCCAGUUAAUAGCAAUAACGCACUUAGCUCUUCUCCUUCUACAGCUCACCCUUGGCCAGAAUGGUGCAACCUAAUCAACGCGCUUUCCGCCAGUGGACGGGCGGAGGAGCAUGGAUUAAUCCAUGAGGAGGAUGCCUUUGUAGCAUACCAGCAAUUGCCGGAUGAUUUUGUUCGGGCUGCGACUGCGUGCUUAGCGUUUGCUCGUGAAAGACCUAACCUGUUGAGGUCACUUUCUAGGAGGGAUAUUGAGGUUGUUGUGUCAAAUGGGACACCUUUUCUAUUCAGAACUGCUCUUGAAACAGCACGCAGAAUGAGGGGAUUUCUUGGUAUUGAUGGAAACCAGGCGUUGGAUCACAGUGAAGUACAGACAAUUGAUAUUAUGAAGUAUAUAUUAAGUUAUGCGAGCAACCCUGCUGGUUCUCCGGGAAGAAAUACUCUAUAUAGUCGGGAACUGCUAGAAACAUCUAUUAGGAACCUUUUGCAGGAAUUGGUUGAACUUAGCUGGGGAACUCCAGUGUCUGUCGUGCCUCCUCCAGGAGUUGACCAGUUUCCAAGUAGAUCUGGACAAACACCAAGGCCUGCUGGACAAGACAUUGUUAUGAAGAGAGGCGACUGGAUAUGCACAAAGUGCAAUUUUAUGAACUUUGCAAGAAAUAUCAAGUGCCUUGAGUGUGAGGAAGCUAGACCAAGAAGACAGCUGACAGGCGGGGAGUGGGAAUGCCCUAAAUGUGAUUUCUUCAACUAUGGAAGAAAUGUGGUCUGCCUAAGAUGUGAUACCAAACGACCUGCUGAGGCUUCAUUCAACACUGUUAAUAACAGUUCAGGGAAUGGUUAUAGUGGGGGCUAUGCUUAUAAAACUGAAACCGAUAAGAGGCUUGCUGAGAAUGAAGAGAAAGCACAGAGAUGGUUUAGUAAAAUAAAUGAUGCUUCUGGUAUAAACACCAUGGCAGCGGAUGAAGACUUCCCUGAGAUAAUGCCAUUAAGGAAAGGAGAAAACAAGUUUGUGGUGAGCACAAGAAAGACACCCUUGGAAAGGAGGCUGUCUAACUUUCAAUACAAAGGGAACUCGGUUAAUGAUGGCUUUCCAGAAGAUAAGUCUUCUCGCACUGGUGGUGCAGACAAGACCCUUGACUCAGCGAUUAGCCAGAGUUUAGAUCGAAUCCUUGGUGGUUCCUCUUCGACUCCAGAUAAGAUUUCUACUGAGCUAAAUGCUGAAAUAGAGACUAAUACAAGUGGGAAAAACUUUGUUCCGUUACCUGCUGACAUGUUUGCUACAAGGGAGCAACUCCAGGAUACAGAGUAUAAAACAGUGGGACGUGAAUCUCUUUCUUCAGAAGGUGAGCUCCAAACUGGCUCCCCUACUUCUAGCAAUGAACUGGAGAAAUCAUUGGAGAAUACGGCUGAUAGCCAGGAUAAAGAGAAAGAGCAAGCUGAAAAACCAGAGAGGUGGUUUAGAAAAAUGGCAGAACUGCAUGAUGUCAAAGAUUUGCCGGGUGCAAUCUCUGAUGAUGACUUUCCAGAGAUCAUGCCAGUGCGUAAAGGAGAAAAUCGAUUUGUAGUUAGCAAGAAGAAAGAUCGUUCUUUAACCUCUCCAGUGUACAAAAGGCAAGUGGCUAUGGAGCAGGCAACCAAUAAGGGCUUUGUCCCAUUUGUUCCAUUUCCUCCUGACUACUUUGCUAGGAAGGAUUCACCAGAUGGGUCAGGUUCACCCCAAACCCCUACCAGUGAAGCCCCAUCCAGUUCAACUCAGUCUGAUUUUGCAAAAUCACCGCCCCAACUUAUUGAUAAUCCUUCUAUUGAUUCUCCUGAUAAGUUGGAUUGUGACCUAGGAGGCAGCAAAUACACUGAGAAAGAUAAUGCAUCCCAAUCCAGUGUUUUGAACAGAGGUUCACCCCAGGUGCACGAGAAUCAGAACCUAAGAAGUGGCUGGACAGGAAAGAGCUUAGAAGGGUCUGCCGUGAAGGAACCAGAUCCCUUGGACAUGUCUGAAGAGGCAAAAACUGAGAGGUGGUUCCGACGUGUAGCACAGAUAAAAGAUAUCUCUGAGCUUAGUCAGAUACCAGAUGAGGACUUCCCAUCAAUAAUGCCAAUGCGUAAGGGGGUUAAUAGGUUCGUUGUGAGCAAGCGAAAAACUCCUUUGGAAAGACGGCUGACAUCUACACAGUAUAAGAGGAAUCCCCCUGUUGUGAGUUCUGAUCCUAUGAAAAAUGAAAAUGAUGAAACUGAAACAAAACAAGUAUAAGCAUAAGCAUAAGAUUUUUUCCAGAAUAAUUUUCCUUCACAGCUCUAAAGUGAACAUCCUUUUAAUCUAAGUGAAUAUAUUCAUUGAUUUUGAAAUAUGCACUUUUGAAUAGUUAUUAUGUAACUGUAUAUCUCGAAUAUGGACUGUGGAUACAGUUUAUUGUGUAACAAACAUUUGAUACCUAGGUCCAACAGUAGAGUACAAGGUUAUUUGCAUAAAAAGUAGACAUAGUCUUUUCAAUUAAA